AUGCCGUUCCCCAACGGCUCCGAGCUGCGCCCGUCCUUCGUGCUGGCGGCGCUGCCGGGGCCGGAGGGGGCGCAGGCCUGGGUGGCCGCGCUGCUGUGCGGCGCCUACGCGGUGGCCCUGGCGGGGAACGGCGCGGUGCUGCUGGCGGUGCGGCUGGAGCCCGGCCUGCACACGCCCAUGUACCUGUUCCUCUGCAUGCUGGCGGCCAUCGACCUGGCGCUCUCCACCUCCACCGUGCCGCGCGUCCUCUCCUUCUACUGGUUCGGCAGCGGGGAGAUCGGCUUCGGCGCCUGCCUGCUGCAGAUGUUCCUCAUCCACGCCCUGUCGGCCGUCGAGUCCACGGUGCUGCUGGCCAUGGCCGUGGACCGCUACGUGGCCAUCUGCCACCCGCUGCGCCACGCCGCCGUCCUCACCAACGCCGCCGCCGCCAGGCUCGGGCUGGCGGCGGCCGUGGCCAGGGGCGUGCUCUUCUUCCUGCCCCUGCCCCUGCUCCUGCUGCCCCUGCCCUUCUGCGGGCCCCGCGCGCUGUCCCACUCCUUCUGCCUGCACCAGGACGUGAUGAACCUGGCCUGCGCCAACACCACCCCCAGCCUGGUGUACGGCCUGGCCGCCAUCCUGCUGGUCAUGGGGCUGGACGCCGUCCUCAUCUGCCUCUCCUACCUCCUCAUCCUCAGGGCUGUGCUGCGCCUGGCGGCCUGGAAGGAGAGGCUCAAGGCGUUCAGCACCUGCGUGGCCCACAUCUGCGUGGUCCUGGCCUUCUACGUGCCCCUCAUCGGGCUGUCCGUGGUGCACAGGUUCGGCAGGGACCUGGCUCCGCUGGUGCACGUCAUCAUGGGGAACGUCUACAUCCUGGUGCCCGCUGUGCUCAACCCCAUCAUCUACGGGGUGAGGACCAAGCAGAUACAGAGGACGAUCCUGGGCCUGAUUCACGUGGGUGGCAGAACUUCCCAGUGACCUGUGCUCGUUGUUAAUUAUAUUCAAUAAAACAACAUCAUCUCAGGG